AUGGGCAUUGACAAGCACACCUUCCCUCCAGAGUACUCUUGGGUGCCUGAGGCGUUGAAGGCCAACAAGAUCGUCUACAUUGGUUUGAGAGACGUGGACGCCGGCGAGAAGUACUACUUGAGAAAGUACAACAUUCCUGCUUUCACCAUGUACCACGUUGACAAGUAUGGUAUUGGUAAGGUUGUCGACAUGGCUUUGGAUGCCGUCAACCCCGACAGAAAGUUCCCUGUGCACAUGUCCUACGAUGUGGACGCCAUUGACCCAUCGUUUGUUCCUGCCACCGGAACCCGUGUUGAGGGUGGUUUGACGUUGAGAGAGGGUUUGUUCAUUGCUGAGGACCUCGCACAGACCGGUCUUUUGGCCUCGUUGGACAUUGUGGAGACCAACCCCUUGUUGGCUGAGAAUGAGACCCACGUCUUGGACACCGUCAGCGCUGCAUGUGCCAUUGGCCGUUGCGCUCUUGGUGAGACUUUGUUGUAG